CCAUGUGCGGCAUCCUCGCCCUGCUCCUCGCACAGACGCGCGCCGCCGCCGCGCCCGAGAUCAACGAGGGCCUCUCGCUGCUGCAGCACCGCGGCCAGGAUGCGGCGGGCAUCGUCACCUGCGGCGCCGGCGGCCGCUUCUACCAGUGCAAGGCAAACGGCAUGGUGCGCGACGUCUUCGACGCCGGCGCGCUCUCGCGCCUGCAGGGCAGCAUGGGCAUUGGGCAUGUCCGCUACCCGACGGCGGGCUCCAGCGCCCACGCCGAGGCGCAGCCCUUCUACGUCAAUUCGCCGUACGGCAUCGUCUUUGCGCACAACGGCAACCUCAUCAACACGUCGCAGCUGCGAUCCUUCCUCGAUGCCGAGGCGCAUCGGCAUAUCAACACCGACUCGGACUCGGAGAUGCUGCUCAACAUCUUCGCCAACAACCUGCAGGCGACCGGCAAGUUCCGUAUCAACGAGGAGGAUAUCUUCACCGCCAUUGGCGGCCUCAUGAAGCAGGCGCACGGCGGCUACGCCUGCGUGGCGAUGCUGGCCGGCUUCGGCAUCAUCGCGUUCCGCGACCCCAACGGCAUCCGCCCCGUCGGCAUGUGCCGCCGGCGCUCCGCCGAGUCGCCCGAGGCCGGCGACGACUGGUGCUUCACGUCCGAGUCCGUCGUCUCCGACGCGCUCGGCUUCGAGGACUUUGAGGAUGUGCGGCCGGGCGAGGCCGUCAUCAUCACGCGCAACGCCGUGUCGCGCCGCAUCCUGACGCCGCAGCCGUCGUCGGCGAACCCCUACACGUUCGCGCCCGACAUCUUCGAGUACGUGUACUUUGCGCGGCCCGACAGUGUGCUCGACGGCGUGAGCGUGUACCGCUCGCGCAUGGCGAUGGGCGACAAGCUGGCGUUUGAGGUGAAGCGCGUGCUCGAGGCGCGGGGCGAGAGCGUCGACGUCGUCAUUCCUGUGCCCGACACGAGCCGUGUCGCGGCGCUGCAGGUAGCGCAGACGCUCGGCAUCCCGUACCGCGAGGGCUUUGUGAAGAACCGCUACGUCGGCCGCACGUUCAUCAUGCCCGGCCAGAGCACGCGGCGCAAGAAUGUGCGCCGCAAGCUCAACGCCAUGGCGCUCGAGUUCAAGGGCAAGUCGGUGCUGCUCGUCGACGACUCGAUUGUGCGCGGCACGACGAGCCGCGAGAUCAUCCAGAUGGCGCGCGAUGCCGGCGCCGUGCGCGUCGUGAUGGCGAGCUGCGCGCCGCCGAUCCGCUACUCGAAUGUGUACGGCAUCGACAUGCCGAACCGGCACGAGCUCGUGGCACACGGCCGCACCGAGGAGGAGGUGGCCAGCCACAUCCAAGCCGACCGCGUCAUCUACCAGACGCUGCCUGACCUCAUCGACUCGGUGCGGCAAUUCAACCCCGAGCUGAAGCAGUUCGACUGCUCCGUCUUCGACGGCAAGUACGUCACCGGCGGCGUCGACGACAGCUACCUCACGCACCUCGAGGACCUGCGGAGCGAGAACGCCAAGAUCAAGGCGGGCACGACGCGCAUUGCCGGCCCCAAGGGCACGCCGCAGCCGGCCGUCGUCGCCGAUGCGCCGGGCACGGGCGCCAACGACGACAAGAUGGCGACGCCGGCCCAGCCUGCGGCGGUGGUCAACGGGCAGAAUGGCCAUGUGCUGCAGAGCGGCACGCAGCAGGCCGAGGAGGAGGAGGAGCCCGUCGGCUGCAACGGCCCGAUGAACGGCGCCGACGACAUUGGGCUCUUCAACGGCUGGUCACGCUGAACGCUGCAAGCAGCACUGCGUGGCUGCGGGCCUGACCUCGCAUGCUAGAGCGAGGCGGAGUCUGCCGUGUCCGCCCGUCCCCCAUCUGCCCUGCCUGCAUCUGCUCCCUUUCCUGUACAUCAACGAACGAAUCAUAAUCGAGUCACUG